GGACGCCGAUGAGGGAGGAGGAGGGUAGUGAGGGGAGUGAGGAUUCUCGGGACGGGGAUGCGGAUAGGAGGACACGACGGGCGGUCAGCUCGCGGCGACAGGCGUUUAGGUUGUGGAAGGACGCUGCGGAUCGGGUGCGUGAUGUGCAUUGUAUGAGGAAGGUUGCGGAAUGCUAUUUGAGCGGGGAAGGGUGUCGGCAGGCCAAUCAGGCGAAGGCGAUGCGGUACCUCGAGAAGGCGGCGGAUAAGGGUGACCGCGGCGCUAUUAUGAUGUUGGUGCGGCUGUACCAUGAACAGGCGAUGGAUUCGCUCAACGGGCAGGAGAAGAGGUCGUCGAUGAAAAUUGAAGAAAGCGCCAGGGGGAUAGCGAAAACCGAAAAGAUCAAAACGGAAACUCAGCACCGCGAGGAGGAUGCAGACGAUUCACCCACCUCCGACGAAGACGACGACGAAACCGAGUCGCAACCCGAAACAGCCCACACGCGUCUCUACCGCUACGUCCGCAUGGGCGCUUCCGACGGCGACGCGAUGUGUAUCAGCAAGCUCGCCUACGCGCAACGGCACGGCCUCGACGGGAUCGAGAAGAACGUGCCAGCCGCCCUGGAGCUGUACCUGGAGGCGGCGUCGCGCGGGGACGUGGAGAGUCGCGCGGCGGCGGCGGAUGUGUUUUAUCAUGGCGAACAAGGGGUGCCGAGGGACCGGGCGAGGGCGUUUGCGAUGUUUGCGCAGUGUGCGAGGGAGGGGUGGGCGCCGUCUUUCAGGGCGUUGGCGGAUUGUUAUCGGACCGGGGCGGGUGCACCAAACGACAAACCCGACCUCCCCCUCGCGCACAUGUACUACACCGAAGCCGCCUCGCUCACCCCCGACGCAACCUCCCUCCGCAUCCUCGGCGACAUGCACACAACCGGCCUCGGGUGCGCCAAAAACCUCCCUCUCGCCUUUGAUCUCUACGACCGCGCCUGGUCCAUCUGCUCGUCCUCUUCCGACGACGCGGACCUGGAAGCUGGAAGGUGUCUUGCACGAUGCUAUUGGUUUGGCCGGGGCGUUGAGAAGGAUAGGGAGCGGGCGAAGGAGGUGUGGGCGGCGCUUUUGAGUAGAGCGAAAGGAAGCAUGGAGAGGGAGGAUGUGCGGCGGUUGGAGGGGAUGGAUGAUGCGGGGUUUGAGGAGAUUUUGGCGGUCGUGAAUGAGUGAUGAAGUGGCAGUUGCGUGUAUGUAGGCUGUAUGGAUGUGGAGGGAAGUUGGGACCUAUUACUUCGAGGGGGAUGUGCUAGCCUCGCUUUAGAGUAUCUAUCGAUUUGCCCCCAUUGCGUGCAUGCUCUAUUUGAAGUACCCUACCCCUUGUGAGCCAUGCCUGUUAAUGCGCGUAUAAUCACACACCGUCUCGACGAGCCAUAU